AUGCUAGGAUUUGUAAAAUCUCCAGGUCCAAAAAGAAAAGUGUGCAAUUCCUUCGAAUUGUCCGCAGAGGAUUUUUAUGAGUUUAUUAAUUCAAUGAAAAUCCACUCGUUGCAGGAGCAGGGCACGUACGCUGAUUUCGUUGAAGGCUUGAAGGUGUUCGACAAAGAGGAAUGUGGAAAGAUCCUUUGUGCAGAACUCAGACACAUUCUUCUUGCUCUCGGAGAACGACUCAGUGCUGACGAGGUCGAUGAGCUGCUGAAGGGAGUUGAAGACGCUGAGGGUUUGGUCAAAUACGAGGAUUUCAUCAAGAAGGUGCUGGCCGGUCCAUUCCCCGACUCGGAUUGA